UUUUUCGCCUUUUUUUCUAAAUCAAAUGUAGAUAUUACCGAGCACAAUUAGAGAGAGAAAGGAAGUUAAGAAGAGCGAGGAUAUCCGAUUUCGAGCUUUUACAGAAACAGAAACAAAUUUCCAAAUCCCAAACUGGGCCAAUACACAAAACCACCUAACGUGCCACUUUAAUACAAGCUUAAACAUUUUUUUAUUUUAACACGCAUUUCCCUUCGAACCUUGAAACACAAGCAUAAACCAUAGUCAUUUCUCAGUCUCAAAUCAAAUCUUAAGUGAGAGAGGGCGAGGAGGAGGAAUAAAUGGCUAUGGCGAGGGCAAGUUCUGGCCUCGCAUACCCGGAGAGAUUCUAUGCGGCCGCCGCAUACGCUGGAUUUGAUGGAUCUCCAAAUUCCACCAAUAUUGUCUCCUCUAAGUUCCAAAACGACACCGCUUUGCUCCUUUACGCCUUGUACCAGCAGGCUACUGCAGGACCAUGUAAUACACCAAAACCAAGCACUUGGAAUGCUGUAGAACAAAGCAAAUGGAAGAGCUGGCAUGGGCUUGCCAAUAUGGCUUCCACUGAAGCAAUGCGUCUGUUUGUGAAGAUAUUGGAGGAAGAAGAUCCGGGUUGGUAUUCUAGAGCAUCUAACUUUGUUUCAGAGCCUGUUGUAGACGUGCAAAUGAAUCAUAACUCAAAAGUUGAGGCUGUUGUCGAGAAUGGAAACUCUUUUCCAGAGACAAAGACCACUUCCAGUGAGAAUGGGACUGUCAUAGAAACUCAGGAUAAAGAUGUUGUCUCAGAAGGCCUUGGUUCAGUUGUUGUGUACGAUCAAUGGAUUGCCCCCCCAAUAUCUGGCCAACGCCCAAAAGCCCGAUAUGAGCAUGAUGCGGCUAUUAUUCAAGACAAGAUGUAUAUAUAUGGGGGGAACCACAAUGGCCGUUAUCUAAAUGAUCUUCAUGUACUGGAUUUGAGAAGCUGGGCUUGGUCUAAGGUUGAUGCUAAGAUUGAGGAAGAGUCGGAUGGAUCGAAAACCCCUGCUACUAUAACUCCUUGUGCUGGCCAUUCCUUGAUACCUUGGGAGAAUAAGCUUCUAACAAUUGCUGGACACACCAAGGAUCCUUCUGAAUCCAUCCAGGUGAAGGUGUUUGAUCCACAAACUCGUUGUUGGUCAACGUUAAAGACAUAUGGGAAAGCUCCGGUCUCACGUGGUGGUCAAUCUGUCAGUCUUGUUGGGACAAGCUUAGUGAUUUUUGGUGGUCAAGAUGCGAAGCGAUCUCUUUUGAAUGAUUUACAUAUUCUUGACCUAGAAACCAUGACUUGGGAUGAAAUUGAUGCUAUUGGCGUGCCUCCUUCUCCAAGGUCUGAUCAUGCUGCAGCAGUUCACGCAGAACGCUACCUGCUUAUUUUUGGUGGUGGUUCACAUGCUACUUGUUUCAAUGAUCUGCACGUGCUUGAUUUACAAGCUAUGGAAUGGACACGACCCACACAACAGGGGGAAAUACCAAGUCCACGGGCUGGACAUGCAGGUGUGACAGUUGGAGAGAAUUGGUUUAUUGUUGGUGGUGGUGACAACAAGAGUGGGGUCUCUGAAACUGUUGUCCUGAACAUGUCUACGCUCGUUUGGUCUAUCGUGACUUCUGUUGAAGGGCGUGUUCCUCUUGCCAGUGAGGGCUUGAGUUUGGUCGUGAGCUCCUACAGUGGUGAAGAUAUUCUUGUAUCAUUUGGGGGAUACAAUGGACGUUACAGCAAUGAUGUCAAUGUUCUUAAACCAAGCCACAAGUCUACCUUGCAAUCAAAGAUUGUGGAGACUCCAGUGCCCGACAGUGUUUCUGCUGUACCUAAUACUACAAACCCUACCAGAGAUUUGGAAUCUGAGUCGGGCCAAGAAAGCAAAAUAAGGGAAAUUGUUAUGGAUAAUGCUGAUCCAGAGCCCAUGAAAACUAAAGAAGAAGUGUCUAGUGAACAUAUUUUAGCAACCUUAAAGGCAGAGAAAGAAGAACUGGAGUCAUCUCUUAGCAAGGAGAAAUUGCAAACUCAUCAAUUAAAGCAAGAAUUGACUGAAGCAGAGACCCGUAAUACUGAUCUCUACAAGGAGCUCCAAUCUGUGCGUGGUCAACUUGCUGCUGAGCAGUCUAGAUGUUUCAAACUAGAGGUUGAUGUGGCAGAACUAAGACAAAAGCUUCAAACGAUGGAGGCACUACAAAAAGAACUAGAGCUCCUUCAGCGCCAGAAGGCUGCUUCUGAACAAGCUGCAUUAAAUGCAAAACAGAGGGAGGGCUCUGGUGGUGUGUGGGGUUGGCUAGCAGGAACUCCUGGUAGCCAAAGAAAGGAUGAAGACUGAAUUUUGUCAAAGCCUUGUUAAGUAGUGAUUGUUAGAUUGGUUUUCAUUGAUCAAUUUUUCUAUCAAAUAUUUUUUUGUUUUACUUAUCCCAGUUCUUUCUUUGAUGGGAAUAAAAAUAUCAAGUUUUUGUUGGCCAGAUUGAAACCCCACUAGGUUUUUGCAGGAAUAUAUGUACUGUAAUUGUAAGUUAUGUAGUUCUAUGUGGUCAUUGCCGCUAUAUUUUUCUCUCUCAAUUUUCACAAAAUUUGUAUUUGAAUUGAAUAUAUAGCUUGAAUGAAGUAUAGGUUUUCAUUAUUUUCCAAUCAAA